GGGAGAAACUAAUGAAUGAGUCUGACCACCCAGUGUUGAUAGUCAGAUACGAGGAGACUAAACAGGAUCCUGUCCGUGUGAUCAAAAGCAUUUCGGAAUUUCUAAAUAUAGACUGUCCGGAUCAGCUUGUCCGAGACAUAGCUGUACAAUCCGACUUCACGAAAAUGAAGACGACAAAGGGAGAUAAUGCUGAGAAACGUGAUGGUGACGCCAUCCACUACAGAAAAGGAAUCACUGGUGACUGGAAGAACUGGUUCACCGAUGCCCAGACAAAAUACUUCAAUGACAUUUACACACAGAAAAUGAAGCAUUCCAAGUUUUAUGAAUGGUACUUGUAGACUGUAUUGUGGUGGUGCUACGUUGGUGUUGCGGAAACGACUAUACAACACACCACUACUUCAUUGAUUGGCCUGAUAUGCGGUAUUUCAUUAAGUGCGUUUACACUCUAACCUUCAUUUCCAAUGUGUAAACUAAUAAGUGAGUGAGUGAGUGAGUAUGGGUUUACGCAAUAUUCCAGCAAUAUCACUGCGGGAGACACCAGAAAUGGGCUUCACACAUUGUACCCAUGUGGGGAAUCGAACCCAGGUCUUCUGCGCGACGAGCCAACGCUUUAACCACUAGGCUACCCCACUGCCCGGUAAGCCAAUAAGCAUCGUGUGUUGAAAGUUAAGACUACAUGCAAGAGCCGUCCAAAGUCUGUAAUCUGUCAGUGUCGAUAUACCCUCGUCUUGAUUGCCAAGUUUACUAAUCGUUAGUAACUACACUCAUGUGCCAAAAUUGUUUCAAUUUUCAAGAUGGCAGACAUUUCGGUCCCGUCCGGUUAUGGAUAAUAAAGAACGUGUUACUUACCUUA